UCUACCAUAUUACCGCCAUGCACGAGGAGUUUGUAUUUCUGAAACUAGUCUUAUAAUUUCUAUUACUACUAACAUGCCUACUCAUGAUAUAUAUCGUACCUGAUCAAUUUGAUACAAUAACAUUCAAUCGAUCAAUCCCGCAUAGAACGCUGCAUAGAGGGUAUAUGCUAUCUUUGAUUGGAGUUGCGAUUCAGACAUACACACAAUGGAUGCUUCCAGGGCAGAAUCAUCAGACCUGCCAAGUAAAGCUCAGCUCUCCGGGCAUCAGCACUUUCCUCCCACGCCUCCAGAUACCGACAGAGAAUCGACAGACUCCAGUUUAGAGCCAAGCGAUACAGAGACCGGGGCAUCAUCAUCAUCCAAUGGUAAUAACUCGAACGUUCUAAAGCUCCCUCUCUACCCUCUACCUCCAAGAAGUAAACCCGACAACACUGUUCUCGCAGAAGACCUCAAAACUCCUGAUAACCACGUUAUCCGUGAUCCCCGUUUAAUUCGCCUCACUGGAAUUCACCCCUUCAACGUUGAGGCACCGCUCAGCAAUCUGUACGACGAGGGAUUCCUGACAACCAAGGAUCUACAUUAUGUCCGUAACCAUGGAGCAGUGCCCAGGGUGGAAGAUUCGGAGAUUGUGGAUUGGGAGUUCACAAUAGAAGGCAUGGUCGACAAUCCCAUUCGUAUGAGCUUAGCCGACCUCAUGCGAGAUUAUGAACAACAAACAUAUCCCAUAACCCUAGUCUGCGCUGGAAACAGACGAAAAGAGCAGAAUAUAGUACGGAAAACGAAAGGGUUCUCAUGGGGAGCUGCCGGAUUAUCUACCUCUCUAUGGACCGGCGUCGCGAUCGGUGACCUUCUCAAAGCGGCAAUGCCCCAACGUGGUGCGAGGUACGUAUGCUUUGAAGGGGCCGACAAACUGCCAAACGGCUAUUACGGUACAUCCAUCAAAUUAAGCUGGGCGUUAGACGCUGAGCGUGGGGUGAUGCUUGCUCACAAGAUGAAUGGCGAGACGCUGCCUCCAGAUCACGGCAAGCCUCUACGCGUCGUGAUCCCAGGGCAAAUAGGCGGCCGGAGUGUCAAAUGGCUGAAGAGAAUCAUCGUCACGAAGGAGCCCAGCUCCAACUGGUACCACAUAUAUGAUAACAGGGUCCUGCCAACGAUGAUUGACCCCGAAAUGAGCGCCGACUUGCCGGAAACCUGGAAGGAUGAGCGAUAUGCUAUUUACGACCUCAACACCAACAGUGCGACGUGCUACCCAGGUCAUAACGAGAUACUGGAUUUGCACGGGUCUCAGUCUACGUAUAAUGUUCGUGGAUAUGCCUAUGCUGGCGGUGGCAAGAGAAUAAGUAGGGUGGAGGUUACCCUUGACAAAGGGAAGACCUGGAUACUAGCUAACAUAACGUAUCCUGAGGAUCAAUAUCGUCUUGCGACCGAAGGGGAAACAUUAUACGGAGGCCGGAUAGAUAUCUCCUGGAGAGAGAGCUGUUUCUGUUGGUGUUUCUGGAACCUGGACAUACCGAUAUCCCAACUACAGGCCGCGGAUGAUAUCAUGGUACGAGCAAUGGAUGAGGCCAUGAUGGUCCAGCCUCGAGACAUGUACUGGAGUGUGCUUGGCAUGAUGAACAACCCAUGGUUCAGAGUCGUCAUACUCAAGGAGAGACACUGCCUAAGAUUCGAACACCCAACGCAGCCGGCAUUAAUGCCAGGAGGUUGGAUGGAGAGAGUCAAAAAGACGGGGGGUGACUUGACAAACGGCUACUGGGGCGAGCAUCUAGCUGGGGAGUCGGAGGUCAUCACGAUAACGGAGCCGGCUAAAGAAAUAUGUAUGACCAACGAGGAAAUAAAAAGGACGAUAUCGCUAGAAGAGUUCAAAGCUCACGAUGGAGAAGAAGAGCCUUGGUUCGUGGUCAACGGAGAGGUUUAUAACGGGACGAGUUUCCUCGAAGGGCAUCCUGGAGGCCCAACCUCAAUAACAGGGGCAGCGGGACAGGAUGCCAGCGAGGAAUUCCUCGCCAUUCAUAGCGAGAAUGCCAAAGCAAUGUUGGUGGACUAUCACAUUGGAACGCUCGACAAAGCAAGCCAAGCGCUGUUAGCGAACAACGAAGAGGUACCACCUGAAGACGCGCCGCCGAGAGCAGUCUUCCUGCAACAUAAGAUGUGGUCAAAGGCCAUAUUAUCCGCGAAGAGGAGCGUGUCGCCCGACACCAAGAUCUUCACCUUCGACCUCGACCACGCUAACCAGGAAGUUGGGCUCCCGGUCGGUCAACACCUAACCAUGCGUCUGCGUGACCCUGUAACGCGGGAGGCCAUCUUGCGCGCCUACACGCCCAUUUCACCCACAGGCGCAAAGGGCAAGCUCGACGUGUUGGUCAAGAUCUACCGGGACGCGCCGACGCAGAAGGGCGGCCGUAUGACGCAGGCGCUGGACUCGAUUCCGCUCGGCCACUUCGUCGACUUCAAAGGCCCGCACGGCAAGUUCGAGUAUCUCGGCCGCGGGGUCUGCAGGAUAUCCGGCCGUGAGCGGCGAGUUCGGCGCUUCAUUAUGGUGUGUGGCGGGUCGGGCAUAACCCCUAUCUAUGCCGUACUUCGCGCAGUUCUCACAGAUCGCGAGGACCCCACCUGUUGCGUGGUGCUUAACGGCAACCGCAAUGAGAAGGAUAUCCUCUGCAGAGCCGAUCUGGAUGCUAUGAUAGCCGGUAAUGAGCAUAGGUAUCGUCUCAACUAUGUCCUGAGUCGCCCUGAUCCGGCCUGGACGGGUCGCCGGGGACGCGUGGACGCAGACCUCAUUGCCAAGGAGGUGGGGCCGUGUACAAGUACGGACGGCGGAGACCUUGUUCUCGUAUGCGGGCCUAAGCCUCUUGAAGAGAGCGUGCUGUCUAUUUUUACUGGAAUGGGCUGGGAUAAGGAUGACAUGCUGUUUUUCUAAGUUCACACGUUUGUCUGCUGGAUGCAAUGGGUGGACACAUGGAAAGGAUCAUCGCACUCGAUACGUGGUCGUUGUUUCUUGUCCACCCUUCCCCAGAGCAUCUCCCAUUAUACUCCCCGUAUCAACAAGAUCGCAAACUGGUUGGAGUAUACAUUAUCAGAAGCUGACACGGGCGUCAUGGUUCAGGUUCUACUCUUAGGGCGAACCUGUAAGGUCGGCACCAGAGACUGGUCCCAUAGCCGCAACGGUAGAAAAUACAUGAAGUGAUCACCGUGUGCGCGAUACAAUAGCUUAUAAGUACCAUCAAACUCUCGAGCACGAAUC